AUGGGCUCCAUCGCGUCGGUGCUGCAAUGGCAUUGUCAGACAUGUGGCCAAAUCAACCCUACGGAGAGUGUGAAGUGUUUAAAAUGUUCAACGAAAAGAGUGUCUGGUCAUGACAGUGGCCCGUCUAAGGACACAUUUAAAGCCGAUUCGUCACCGGAACGCACAAUUCGUACUGGAAAAAACGAAGUAACUACCCCUGGGUCGGAGCCGAUAGUCGUUCCCACGGAAAACAAAUUCAAUAGCGGAUGGUCGUGCGUGGGUUCUGCGCCGGAACGGAGCCGCGUGUGGCGCUGCGGUUGCGGCCUGAGGAACGUGUCGGCGGCCUGGCGCUGCGCCGCCUGUGAUGCACUCGCGCCCCACGCGCCUGUCUACAGACUUUCUGAUGAUGAGGAUCAAACUUCAGGGAUGACGGAUAAAGAUAAGUCUGCCCAAGACCACACUAUGAUAAGAUCCAACACCCUGGCUGUCCCAUCGUAUAAGCCUACUUCGAGCUUCGCCGACGGCCGUCCUUUGAAUCUUGACUUGCAAUCAUUGAGGUUGUCCCCCACGCAGCUCACUGACCACGCACACGGUGUGACCAGGUCCCUCUCUCACGGAUCUGUGAUCAACUCCCAGCAGAAGUGGUGGAAGGUCGACGAGACCAGGGGCACCAUCAACAGACCCACGAGUCUUAUGGUCUCAGAGAGAUUCGGGUACAAUACCCAUUAUAAUCCCCGUGAGUCUUUCCUAAGAAGUCUCCACACUGUUACGAGGAAACCGAAAAAGUGCAGCGAGAGCAAGUCAAAUUGGGAACUCAAUUACGUAAAAGAAUAUCAAAGGGAACAAAGCAGAGCGUUACAUUUGAAGAAGUGGGCUUGUACCAAAUGCACGUUAGAGAAUUCUGGUAUCAGAACCCACUGCGAGGCGUGCUUAUCUCCCAGAGCGUUACCAUUGGCAAGAAUACCCAACUCUAGAGGGUUGAGUGUCACCACUUUAGGAAGACAUGAAACUCUAAGUGGUAGGGACGGAGCGACGUCUCUUCCUACAUCGGGUGGUGUUAUGAUCACCGUGCCCGAUUGGCCUCAAACUGGAAGUACCACUUUAGGCAGCACUUUCCGUAGAUCGAUCAGCGCGCAGAAUUCUCCAGAAAUCCGGCCUACUUACAGAAGAUCGUUUUCGGAGCAAACUCACGCUGAGAGGCCAGUUGGCAAAGUGAUUUCAAGCAGACGGAGUUUGAACGAGUAUCAGCGUUCUCUUGCGAAUUACUGCGGCAGUUUAACGAGACCUGACGACGGUAGAAAGGAUCUGAUUGAAAAGAAAAUUGACGAGAACAACGCGGAAUUGAUUGAUAGAGAGUGCAGUUGGGACACGAACGCUGAGGGUGUGAUAUACGCUUUACCAAACAAAGGUAAAUACAAGGACUUGAAUUUGCAGCUGCAAGUGAAUAAUAACGGUACUAGAUAUUCGUAUGUCUCAGUGCAAGAUAUGAAGAACAUGAUGAGUAACUCACAUAACGAAGUGUUGUACUCGAAUGAUAUUAGUGACGGUGAUUACGCUAGGAUCGAUGAGUUGUUGGGCGCUGAGAACUGUAUAUCGCCAGUGAGUGAGACGGUGGCAAGUAAUAUACGGACUUCACACAUAGGGGCCCCGGUGCCUAAGGACCCGAGUACGAAAGUGUUCAACAUGCUGCCAUCGGUCGGGAAAGUGGCCCACAACCCGCGGGACCCGUCUAAAGUGCCUUCAUCACAGCAAGCUUCACGCGAGAAUCGCAUGUGGCAAUGCAACGAGUGCUGGUUCGCGUACAACGCGUGGUGGGCGCGGUGGUGCGACGUGUGCCGCAGUGGCCGUCCGCCGCACGCGCCCGUCACGCUCGCGCACCGCACCGACCGCACCGACCGCACCGACCGGACCGACCAGGCGAGCAGUAGCAGCAAGUCGUCGGAGUCGACCCGAAAUGAGCCGAAGCGACUGACAGUGCCGAUCGCAUCUCUUGACCACGAUCUGAACAGCGACGAGUUGCUGUUUGCCGUUGACUCGUCGGCGCCGGCCGGUGCGGGCGGGCCGGAGCCGGGCGCUGCGGGCGGCGGCGCGCCGUGGUCGUGCGGUCGCUGCACGCUCGAGAACGACGCGGCCGCGGCCGCCUGCGCCGCCUGCGCCGGCUCCAGACCGCCGUCGCUCCACCACUGGUCGUGUAGUUCAUGCACUCUACAGAAUCCUUUAUCAGCCUCAUUAUGCCUGGCGUGCAAGACUCCGCCAGUACCCAAACACGGUGUACCAGGGUCUUCCUCGGAUGCCAAUUGCAGUGUUGGUCGCAGUCCGUCCCCGCGACGAUCACGGCACACUCCGGCCCUACCGCGGCGAGGCUCCAGACAGAAAACUCCACCGCCUGAACCCAAGUCGGAGGGUGCGGAGUGGUCGUGCGGCGAGUGCACGUUCGCGAACAGUGCGGGCGCGGCCGCCUGCGACAUGUGUCAGACGCCGCGCCCCCGCCCCCUGCCCCCCGCCCACCCCGCGCACGACGCCGCGGACGACGACGAACUGGAAGAUUCAGACGGAGAGAGACAAGAGACGACUCCAAUGGAGAUAUUGCGGCUGAGGGAAGAAAGUCACGCCUGGACUCAGUGGCAGGAGGUGCUGGCACAGUGUGCUGCGACGGGCGAGCCGUACGUGGACGAGUCGUUCCCGGCGAGCCCGCGGUCGCUGUACUACGGCGGGUCGAGCGGCGGCGCAUCCGGCGGGCCGGGUGGCACGGCCGGGCCGGCCGACCGCGCGGACGGCGGCGCGGCCGCGCGCUGGCUGCGGCCCCACCAGAUACACGUGGACGCAGACCCGCGCCUGCCCUGGGUCGUCUUCAGGGACCCCAAGCCAUCCGAUAUAUCCCAGGGUGUACUUGGCAAUUGCUGGCUGCUAUCAGCUCUGGCGGUACUUGCUGAACGGUCGUCACUAGUCCGAGGUGUCGUGGUCCGCGGGGACCCCAGCGUGGGUGCGUACCAACUGCGGCUGUGCAAGGACGGUAGGUGGCUGACGGUCACCGUCGAUGACUUGUUACCGGCCAAUAAGAAGGGACAUCUUGUCUACUCGCAGGCAAAGAGAAAACAGUUAUGGGUGCCGUUAAUAGAGAAGGCAGUAGCGAAGUUACACGGGUGCUACGAAGCUCUGGUCUCCGGGAGAGCUAUAGAAGGGCUGUGCACGCUGACGGGCGCGCCGUGCGAGUCUGUGUCGCUGCAGGCGGGCGGCGGGGCGGGCGGCGGCGCGGGGGGCGGGCUGCCGCUCGAGCAGCUCGACCGCGACCUCGUGUGGGCGCAGCUGCUCUCCUCGCGGCAGGCCUGCUUCCUCAUGGGCGCCAGCUGCGGCGGCGGCAACAUGAAGGUGGACGAGGAGGAGUACCAACGACUGGGUCUGCGGCCGCGGCACGCGUACUCCGUGCUGGACGUGGCGGAGCGCGCGGCGGCGCGGCUGCUGCGCCUGCGCAACCCGUGGGGACACUACGCGUGGCGCGGGGACACGCCGCGCGCGCCCCGCGAGCCCCGCGAGCCCCGCGACGCCCGCGAGCCCCGCGACCAGCGCGAGCCCCGCGACGCGCGCGACCACGACCAGGGCGUCUUCUGGAUCAGCUUCGACGACGUGCUCAAAUAUUUCGACUGCAUAGAUAUAUGCAAAGUGCGAGUCGGCUGGCACGAGGUGCGGUUGGCCGGCAUACUACCGCCUAUGUCGUCUACAAGACACUUAACUUGUCUAUUGCUGACCGCUACACAACCCACCGAAGUUGAUUUCACACUGUUCCAGGAAGGCCAGAGGAAUUCUGCCAAAAGCCAGCGCUCGCAGCUGGAUCUCUGCGUGGUGGUGUUUAGGACCCGGUCGGGCCCUACCGCUCAGGUCGGGAAGCUGGUCGUACACAGCAAGAGACAGGUACGCGGCUUUGUUGGCUGCCAUAAAAUGCUGGAGAAAGGCUUCUACCUGGUCGUGUGCCUGGCCUUCAAUCACUGGCAUACCGGCCUUGAGUUAGCGGACAGUUCGGCCUGGCCCCGCCACGUGCUCGCAGCCCAUUCCUCGAAGCCACUCACCGUUGAGAGGCCCUCACUUCACCCCCACAUCUUAGCUGAUGCGAUUAUAGGUCUCACAUUGGCUAGAGGGCAGAGACAUGAAGGGAGACAGGGCAUGACUGCUUAUUAUCUAACAAAGGGUUGGGCAGGACUUGUGGUGAUGGUCGAGAACAGACACACAGACAAGUGGAUACACGUCAAGUGUGAUUGCCAGGAGAGCUACAACGUGGUCUCCACCAGGGGUGAAUUGAAGACUAUAGAUUCUGUCCCACCAUUGCACAGGCAAGUGAUUAUAGUCCUGACUCAACUGGAAGGUAGCGGCGGCUUCUCAAUAGCUCAUCGUCUGACGCACCGUCUAGCUGCCGGCGCCAGGCUCCAGGACUGGGCUCCAGCAUCAGACGACGAGCCGCGCCACAGGCCGCCUCUAGCACGAAGACUUUACGGCCUCCACGCUCCCAGACUUAUCACAUAGGCAUUAAGGUCGGAAAUUGAUUGUGCUAUAGUUAGUAUUGUACAGCCGUUUUAAUAUUAACCGUCUUUUUCUACACACGACUACAAC